ACUUCAGUUGGAGACAUCUAAAAAAUAAUGGCUUAAAUGAAGCAUAUUUAUAGGUCACAGUAAACUCCCGAAUCAGAACAUUCUUUUUUGAUGUAUUAACAUGAGGUCUACCAGCUAGUGUUGUAAGAUAAUUCAGAAGUCUACCUCUCUUAUAUUAAUGUAGUGUUCGAUCUUUUCUCUGAAGAUGGAUGGCAAGAGGAUAAGAACAGAGCUUAAUUCAAUUCCUAGAAUGUAAAAAAAAUCCACCUCACAAACACAAACAUAUUUACAGAUAUACUGUGAGGUUCACUAGCAAGAUUACCGGUCUACAUGGUAGAUCUUCUGCCAGGGCAUCCUGUCUUGUUUCAGUGUACUGUUUUGUUAAGGGAGAUUUUGCCUUGAGAACUUUAAGCACAUUUGGCAGAACAUCACUAGGUUACGUAUGUAACCCUAGUUCCCUGAGGGAAUGAGACGCUGCGUUGAAAUGCUUUGGGAAUGCCUCGCAUUGUCCACACUCUGAAUCACAUGUACAGUCCGGCCAAUAGGCAAGUCGUGACGUCAUCAGUGGGCGACAUCAAGUAAACCAGGAAGGUACAAAAUGGGUGAGCGAUGGUAGCGACAUUAGCUUCUGAAAAAAGAGAAGGUAAGCACUGCAGGGAUGCAGGGAAUAUGGGCUGUUGAUGCAGCAUCUUAUUCCCUCAGGGAACUAGGGUUACAUACGUAACCUAGUGACGUUCCCAUUCAGGAACUAGAGAUGCGUGAAAACGCUUUGGGAACGAGUGUCCAAUCACGCCAUACUGACCAGUCCCUGCCUAGUGUGUCUGAGCACAACCACCAUGCAGGACAGAGAAGCCGGGAGUGGCUCUGAUGUCAAGGUAAUAGAACCUAAAAAGGUCAAAGGGGUGGACCAGCCUGCAGCAUUGCAAUUGUUCUGGAGAGGAAUUCCAGCGACCAGGCCAUAGAAGCCACCAUAACACCGGUGGAAUGAGCCUUGACUUCGAAGGGAGUGGAAAGAUCAAAGGACUGUCUUAACAAACAAAUACCUAAGGGCCACCUCGGCCAAGGGCUCAAAGGGGGGCUCAGAUAGAGCCGCCAGCACAAUGGCCAAGUCCCACACAGGCACUCUGGUUCGUAUCCUGGGCCUCAGCUUUCAGGUGCUGCGUAGGAAAGGUGUCAUGAGGCACUGUUUCCCCAGCGACUGUCCUGCAGGCGGGGUACAAAAAGCCCUGAUAGCAGACGCAUAAACCUUCAGGGUUGACGGAGACAAUCUUGUAGCAAACUGUUCCUGCAAAAACUCCAGAACAGAACCAACAGGGCAGUUGACUGGGUCCAACUGGUGGUGCUCGCACCACGUGGUGAACAGAUGCCAUUUAGCGGCAUACAACCUCCUUGUGGAGGGAGCUCUGGAAUGGGGGAUGGUCUCCACUACCUCAGUAGAGAGACCAGCUGCUAGGAACUGUGCCCCCUUAGGGGCCAUAGCCACAGCUUCCAUAACUUACGUAACGCAACCACAAGGAGCUCCAAGGAUGGGGUCUUGAGACAGAAAAGUAGGUUCGUCCAUAUUUCAAAGACUCGAAGGGCUUGCCACGAGACCUUGAUAAUACGGAGUGAAUUGCCCUUCCGGGAGAACCCUCUGCCUCUGAGCCACCACUGGACGAGUCUCAAAUGGAGGAGUCCAAGUGGGAUCACGUUGGAUGCUGCCGCCAUGAGACCAAGCAGCCUCUACAACUGCUUCACAGUAAACGACUAGCCUUCUUUUACUCUCUUUACUGCAGUUAGGAUGACUUCGAUCCUGGCAGGAGACAAUUGUACCCGCAACACGGUCGAGCCCCACACUAUGCCCAAGAAGGUGGUUCUUUGCAGAGGAGAAAGCACACUCUUCUUUGCAUUUAGUCUUAACCCCAUUUCCUUCAUAUGGGCAAGAACGACAUCUUGAUGCCGAACCGCCUGAAGCUCUGAUCGAGCUAAUAUCAAUCAAUCGUUGAUAUAAUUUAGAAUGCAGAUGCCCUAAAGCCGUAGCAAGGCUAGAGCCGCAUUCAUGCACUUGGUGAAGGUGUGGGGCGAGAGUGCUAGGUCGAGCUCAUUCGAAAUCAUUAAAAUGGUGUUUUCUAAUUAUGGUAACAGUGGUUAACCUCAAUAUAUUGCAUAAAUAAAUGCAUACGAAAUAAUAAAAUGCAUAAUGGAAUAAUCACAGACAAUAUCUAGUCUUAUUUCACUAUGUUGUCUUAAAAAUCUAUUAUUAUUACAUUUAUAAAAUAGAACUAUUCCUAUAAUAAAAACUGAUAACAUUUUACCAUUGUUGUUGAUCACCUUUGCCAAAAUGGCACACUCAUAAUGUUGUCCUUACCUUGGAUGAGUGCAAGGAUGAUGCUGGGGUUGUGCUGGAGACUGGGCGACUUCAACUGGUACUGGCUCUAAUACAACAAAGGUCUCAUUCUUCUUGUAUUGGCGUAAAAACUGUAGAAAUGAUAGUUGAUUUUUGAAGGAAACAACAAACAGCUACCACUAAUGGUUGCUAGCAGUGUAGUGUACUGAGACUCGCUCUUGAGACUGCACAAGGUUUUUAGCACUGUUUGAGUGUAAGAAACAACACUUAUGGGACAGAUCAUUGUCUUGCCGAUUUAAAAAAUGUUAAUUAAUUUGAACAGUUUUUGAGAUUUCAGAUUAUUGCACUGCUCAGGUCUGCAGGGGCUUCAAAAGUUAAAGUUAACAGUAGCAUAAACCUUGAAAUGUUUUUUUUUCUUCUCUAAAAAUUCUAUUAUUUUUUUGCUCAAAAAUUUGGAUUUUUUUUCUAAAAGAGUUUUUUUUUUUUUUUGGUCCUACUAGAAAAUUUUAAAUUUUAAAACUUGUAAUUUCCACUUCCCCUCUUCUUCCAAUUUUUCUUUUUUUAAAAUCACAUAUUGGGCCUAAUACGCCAUCGUAAUGACCUUUUAAUUUUUAUUUAUUUUUAUUUUAUUUUACGCAGCGGUAAUUAAAUCCCUGGCUCGCGCCGUUAAUGUCCCAAGACACAACAAGUACCAUAAAGUCUUCACAUGCACACUGUAUGCAUGUGGAAAAUCAAUCAGUAACUGCAGCUGAACCAGGAAAUGACAGACAACUGCUGCUUUUUACUUUCUAUUCUACUGUCUAUAUACCUUUAGAUACAUAUUGCGAUUUUCAGUGUUCCUGCCAGGGCAAUGGAGGACCAGAAUUUCAGGGCAAUAGAGGUCCAGAAUUCUGACUCUGACACUGAUUUCAACUCAUCUGUAUCGAAUUCAACAAGAAAAAACCCACCACGUAAAGCAAAGAGACAGGAGAACAACAUUCAAUCAGCAGUAGUGCAAUCUUAUACAGACAUGCAGACAACAGAUGGCAAUGAAUCAGUAGGUUUACCACCCAGUUUUACUGGAUCUAAAAGGGAUCAUCACUGGGGGUUCAGACAGAAACCAGGUGAAGGUCAAGAGAAGAAAAACAUCCAUGAGAAGUUAAAGGAAAUGACUGAGAAGAUAAAACAACUUGAGACAUCAUUACAGGAGGCCAAUAAAAAGGAGAAUAACAUGGAAGAGGAGAGAGAACGACUUGAGAAAUUGUUAGAGGAGGCUUAUAAAGAAAAGACUGAACUGGAAGAAGAUAGAGAACGAUUUGAGAGAUGUUUAGAGGAGGUCAAGCACAAGUACAGAAAAUUACAGAAAAACAUUUGGAUAUUCUGUGUGCUGGUUCUGGUUCCACUGUGUAUUGUAUUGCAAUUAGAUUUUAAAGGACAUGAGAUGAAGUAUCUUGAGAUUAGACUGAUGUUGGUGGGGAAAACUGGAGCAGGAAAGAGUGCAUCAGGAAACACCAUCCUCAGUGAAGAAGCCUUCAGAGUUGAGGCAUCUCCUGCAUCUGUGACCGCAAGCUGUAUGAAGAAGAAUAAACUCCUGGAUGGAAGAAACAUCACCAUAAUUGACACUCCUGGUGUCAUGGACACAUGGUUAAUAUCUAACCAAACAGCCCACCAUGCACAUGAAUGUAUCUCCAUGUCUACUCCUGAUCCUCACGUGUUUCUGCUGGUGAUCAGACUGGGAAGAUUCACGGUGGAGGAGAAGAAUGCUGUGAAGUGGAUUCAGGAGAAUUUUGGAGAAGAAGCUCUGAAGUUCACCAUGAUUCUGUUCACUGGUGGAGAUCUGCUGGAAGGGAAAACAGUGGAGAAGUUUAUCAGUAACAGUUAUGAUCUCCAGAACCUUGUAGACACAUGUGAAGGUAGAUAUCAUGUUUUCAACAACUAUGAACAAAGUAACCGGACUCAAGUCACAGAGCUGUUUGAAAAGAUAAAUGCAAUACUACACAUGAACAUGGGUUACUAUUACACAAAAGGGGUUCAUCAGAAGGUCCAGAGAAGCACAAGAGAAGAGGAAGAGAGGAAAAGAGUGAUUUUAGAGGAAGAAAUUAAAAUGGAGGAAGAGAGGAAAAGAGUGAUGUUGCAACAGGAGAUCAAGACAACAGAAGAGAAGAAGAGAGCCAAGAUGGAGAAACUGAUCAGAGAAGAAGAGAAAAUAAAAUCUGAACAUCUGGCAAAUGAGGUGAAAGAGGAGGCACAGAGUGAGUGUAACAUCAGAGAGAGGAAACUCAAACAAGAAGAGGAUUUAAAGAGGAAACAAAUGGAAGAACAGAUGAAAGUGGAGGAGAGGAGGAAGGUGAAUGAGAUGGCAAUGAAACUGAGAGAUGAGCAAUUAGAGAACAAAAAUCUUAAGGCAGAGUUAGAACAUGCAUAUAAUACAUCUUUCUGGUUCAAGGUUUUAACUGGCCUGUUAGUUUUUUUAUUUAUUAUUGUAUUGAUUAAGAAGUCUUCGAAUGGGGUCGCAGUUAUCGCUAAAACAAAACAUUGAAAUGAAACCUAAUUUUUUUUAGAUCUAAUCUAAAUUUAAUUUGUCAAAUAUGAUGUUUAUACGAAUUAUUUGCAUGAUCUACAUUGCAUGUAAAUUUUUUAAAGUACUUUGUUUUAAUUAGAAGAACUCCAGAACUAUGGGCAAAUGAAGUUAUCUUGUUCUUGCAAAGGGGCAGAAUUAGGUAUUAAGAUGAUUGGGUAUAAAUAGUGUAGAUAGGCAGAGUCUCUCAGAAGUAAAAAUGGUAAGAUCUUCACCAAUCUGUGAAAGACCGUGUCUACGAAUCGUGUAACAAUUUCAGAAUGAUGUUCAUCAUCUCAUAAUUUAUAAUACAUAAUAUCAUCAAAAGCUACAAAGUAUCUGGAGAAAUCUCUGUGUUCAAGGAAUAAGGGGCGAAAAUCAAUACUGGAUGGCUGUGAUCUUCAGGUCCUCAUGUGGCAUUGCAUUUAAAACAUUCAUGAUUCUGUAAUGGAAAUCACUCCAUGGGGUUAAUAACACUUCCAGAAAUCAUUGUCUAUGAGCACAGUUUGACAAGUCAUCCAUAAAUGCAGGUUAAAUGUAUAUCAUGCAAGGAAGAAGGAAUUUCUGAACAUGAUCUAGAAACGCUGCCAUCCUCUCUGAACCAACGCUCAUUUAAAAUGUACUGAGGUAAUGUAUGUCCUCCAGACUAAAGAGGAGAGGGACUAUCUGGCUUAUUAUCAACAAACAAUUAAAAAAUCUGCAUGUCUGAUGGAAUCCGUAUUCUAAACAUGCAAGCUGCCCAUUCAAUCAGUAAUAGCUAUCGUAAUAGCAUGACUUUGUAGUAGAAGAGUGCUGAACUGCCUGUCUGCAGUCUAGACCUUUCACUUUUUGAAAACAUUUGACGUCAUGACUCGAAAAUACAACAAAGGAAACCCAGAACUGUUGAUCAGCUAAAAUCCUGUAUCAGACACAUAUGGAUCAACAUUUCUCUCCUAAAACUUCAGCAACUGGUCUCCUCAGUUCCAAGGUGUACAGAAGACGUGAUGCUACACAGUGGUAAAUGUGGCCAUGUCCCAACUUUUGCUAACGUGUUGCAGCCAUAAAAUUGAAAAAGACCUUAUUUCUUUCCUUAAAAUGGUAUAUAUUCUCAUAAAUAUUUUAUAUGGGGUUUUUUUUUGUUGUUUUAUUGUGAAUAAAAACUGGA